AUGAACCUGGAGCAUCGUAUUAAGGCCUACCGGUUCGUCACUUAUUCCGCUGUAACCUUUUCGGUGGUAGCCGUCAUCUCUGUGUGCACUACGUUACCAAUGGUUUACAACUAUGUGCACCAUGUGAAGCGACAAAUGCAUAAUGAGGUGAACUUUUGCAAGGACUCUGCUCGCGACAUAUGGACAGAAGUUGGACAGCUCAAGACCGCUUCACAACAGUUGAACAGGACGACGCGUCAGGCCGGCUACGGUAACUGCCAGGCAUGCUGCACAGGCGGGCAAGCAGGACCACCAGGAAUGCCAGGAAACCCAGGGAGACCCGGAAAUCCGGGAGCACCAGGAAUUCCUGGAAAUCCUGGACGACCUCCAGUCCAACCCUGCGAUCCAAUUCCGAUCCCACCGUGUAAGCCCUGCCCACAAGGAAGACCAGGACCGCCAGGCCCUAUCGGUCCACCAGGGGAACCUGGAGCUUCUGGAAACCCAGGUGCCCCCGGAAACGAUGCAAUGCCAGGACCACCUGGACCAAAAGGGCCCCCUGGACCUCCAGGAAAAGCAGGAGCGCCAGGUAACCCUGGUCAGCCUGGAGCGAACGCACCGUCCGAACCUCUUGUUCCUGGACCUCCCGGACCACCUGGACCUCCUGGACCUCAAGGACCACCCGGACCAAGUGGAGCUCCAGGACACCCUGGUGCACCAGGGGCACCUGGCGAGAAAGGCCCACGAGGACAAGACGGACAUCCAGGAGCUCCUGGAAAUGCUGGACGUCCUGGACAACCUGGUCAGCCUGGAACGCCGGGGGAGCGUGGUGUCUGCCCAAAGUACUGUUCUAUAGAUGGAGGUGUAUUCUUCGAGGAUGGAACACGCCGCUGA